ACUUUCCUGGUCUUAGUGAGGACUGGAGUUCUAGGAUCUACGUUCUGGACUACCUGCAGCUGUCUGGUGGACUCUUUAGGGAGACCUGUGAGGACAGCAUUACAGUAGUCCAGCACUUAGCAUUUCAGUUCCAAGGCCAAAAAGUUAACCCUGGUCUAAAAUGUCCCCAUAAAGUAGAGAGUCCCCACUGUGAUGGUUUAAACCAGGUCAUCAUAAAGCCAGUAAAAGAAACAAACAAAACAAAACGUAUUUACACACACACACACACACACACACAUGCGGAUACACAGAGAGAGAUUCUCUGUGAUCUCAGUCCAGCUCUGCCUCAUUAACGCUAAUGAUUCAACAUCCACCAAUCAGAUUUCAGACAAGAACUGUGCACCAACCACAGACGUCAGCUGGUCCUAAGCCCCGCCCACUCAUUGUAUAAGAGGAGCAGAACUGAGGCAGAACCUGCAGAACCCCAACGAAACAGAAAGAAUAGAGAUUCCUGAUGGUUGUGGCAGAGAAAAGCCGUGUGGAGGUGAUGGAGGGAAACCAGCAGAGGGUGGAGGUCAACAUCCUGCUGCUGGGAGCUCACAACGUCGGCAAGACCGCUCUCACUGUAAGAUUUCUGACCAGAAGAUUCAUCGGAGAGUACGGAGAUAUCGAGUCUGUUUACAGUCGAGUUGACAGAAUAGAUGGUCAGGAGAUCUGCAUCAACAUCUGGGACUCUCAGGCAGGAGAGAAGAGCUCCAUCAGUGACAAACAGCUGCAGUGGGCGGACGGGAUGAUCCUCGUCUACGACAUCUGCGACCGCCGCAGCUUUGCCGCCGUUCAGCAGCAGCUGCAGACGAUCCGUCGCAGCAGGAAGCCGUCGUCCACCCCCAUCGUCAUCGUGGGGAACAAACGGGACCUGCAGCAUCACCGCAGCGUCUCCGGCGAGGAAGGACGGCUGCUCGCUCUGACGCAGCGCUGCGGCUUCUUCGAGGUGUCGGCGGCCGAGACGUACCACGGCGUCCUGCUGGUGUUCCACCGGCUGGUCGACCUCGUCAGAGAGACCCGGGUGCUGAGGAAGAGCACGGCCGUGGUCAGGGGGAUCGUCAGGAGCGUGUCGGCGGUGUUCGGGAAGAAGCGAGCUGAAUAGAGCCGAUGUGAGAGGUUUUUAUGGAUUCUGAUGAGAUGUCAGAAUGAGGACCUCCUGUCCGACGCCUCCUGAGAAAAGUUGAAGAAGAGACGGUCUGAAGCAAGUUGAGAGGAAGAUUCUUCGCUUGAAAGUCGUUGAAGUUGGUCAAAGUUGUAGAAAUGCUUAUUUUCAGAUGUGGGCGUAGAAGUGGAGAAAGAAGUUUGUAAGAGCUAACAGACUGAGAUGGAGGUGUGGUCCAUGUCUCUCAGAGGAUGAAUCCUCAGAUCUCUGCCGACACCAGCAGACCUGAGAGGAUCGUCCCUGUGAAACACCCCAACGGCCAUCAGAUGGAUUUGGACUUCACAGGCGUUCAUGUUCCACGGAGGGUAAAUCCUGACCUGGAUCCUGACUUUGUAGAGGUGAAACAUAGCCGGGGGGUCUCAGUUCCUGGUCCCCAGAAGAUGAACCUGUCAGAGUUCAUGAAGUCUGCAACCUGCAUGAAGCACCAACAGGACUGCAGCUGCCACAAAGACUUUUUAUAAUCUGAAUAACACAUUUGUUUUCAUGUUGAAGUAAAGAGUUUAUCGAGGCUGUAAUUAAACAUCUUUCUGGUUUGUGAUGUUUUAGCGUUUUUGUAGGUGAAAUCGACUUUCAGCACGACACAGAAAGUAAUUUAUGACCUGUUUCGUCUCAGUCUAGACCGGUGGUUUCCAACCCAUUUUCCAUGGGACAACCCCCCGCCCAGUCUAGCUCCGCCCCUGCUACCAAAACGGCAGUUCGAUGUGAACAAAAUGUCCAAAUAGACCCGGGUUGGAAAACUCUGAUCUAGCCUAAAGUAUGAAGGCAAAUCAUGAGGGAUUGAUUAGUUUAAUAUCUCAUUUUCAGCUGUAUCACAGAAAUCAAACCAACUUAGAUCCAGAUUAAAGACAGAAAACUGUUUUCUUUUUAGUUAUUUUAGCAGGAAAUUGGACAUUUUUAUGUAAGAAUUGUGUUCUGGUCUGAAUAUUUUGAACCUAUGGAUUGAAGAAAAUGAGCCUGAUGCUUUUAUUUAUCACAUCUGGCUCAGAAACAUCAACUUUAUAUGGACUGUGUAACUGAAAAUAAAAAUAAAUUACCAUCUAG